AUCUGGAUGAAGACAUGCUCUGGUGACAGUGGUCACCUCACAAUACAUUUCAUGACACAGCUAGUCGACAAGCAGACAAGCUAGUGUUUCUUCAAGCAGGCAACCAGAUACAUUGUUCACAUAAAUAAAACAUAGAGUUGUGAACUCAUGCUUCCAUUAUUGAAACAUUUAGGCAUUUUAAAGAACUGAAGUGAAGCGGCCUCAGCAGUAUCCACAGACACACAGAGUGCAGCCAUGUCGACUGAGGAGGAGGUCCUCCGCGUCAUGAAGAAGCUGGACAAGAUGAUCUCCUCGGAGAACUUUGACGACGCCAUGGACGCCCUGCGGCAGCUGCAGUCUCUGCCAAUCACCCUGCAUGUGCUGAACAAGACGCGCGUCGGUAUGACGGUCAACUCGUUGCGCAAAUCCAGCAAGGACGAGCAGAUCAUCGCGCUGGCCAAGUCGCUCAUCAAGGGCUGGAAGAAGCUGCUGACGCCGGCCGACUCCUCCAAAAAGUCCUCCUCCUCCAGCAAGGAGUCCUCCUCGGCCUCCGGCGGCGGCGGCGGCGGCGGCGAGUCCAGCGGCGCCAAGGACGUGGACAUGCCGGCGGCCGAGGACCGCGGCAAGACGUCUGUGGCGCGCUUCCCGCCGGCAGCGCCGCCCACCGGUGACGCCGUCCGACUCAAGUGUCGCGAGAUGCUGUACAACGCGCUGCGGGCGGACACGCCGCCGGAAGGCAGCGGCGACCCGGAGGACCUGGCCGAGAGGCUCGAGGCGGCCAUCUUUGACGAGUUCAAGUCCACCAACCCCAAGUACAAGAACCGGAUACGGUCGCGCGUGGCCAACCUCAAGGACUCGAAGAACGCCAACCUGCGCAUCAACUACCUGACCGGCAUGAUCACGCCGGAGCGGCUGGCCAAGAUGGCUCCGGAGGAGAUGGCGAGUGACGAGAUGAAGGCGCUCAGAGACAAACUGAACAAGGAGUCCAUCAACGACGCCCAGCUGGCCUCUGUGCAGGGCACGCAGACCGACCUGCUCAAGUGCGGCAAAUGCGGCAAGCGUAACGUCACCUACAACCAGAUCCAAACGCGCAGCGCCGAUGAGCCGAUGACCACCUUCUGCAUGUGCAACGAGUGCGGCCACAGGUGGAAAUUCUGUUGAGGAGGCGCGGCAGCUGACAGAGAGGCAGGACGCGGCCCCUGCAGCAGUGGGGCGGCGGGACAGACUCGACCCAGUGUUAGAUGUGACAGAGACUGAGGCGACCGCGUGUGGGCGUGCCGCGCUAUCUUCCUGUGGUGAGAAGUGCUGACGUGCGGCCGAGCCGGGCUAGACCAGCGCGGCGCAAUGUCGGUCGAGCUGGCAUCUAUUGGUCGGCUGGACUGUCUUUAGACACCGCCCGGCCCGUGUGUGCUCCAAAUGCGCCACCGACCGGGCCACCAGCUGCCCGGCCCACGCAGUUUUAUGUGGUCGGCGCUGACCGGCGCCGACAAUCGGUCUCCCGUGACGGGCUGGAUGGCGCUCCGGCGACAAACCUGACGAGUGUGUGAGGUGGCGCCACUGCGCCGACUCGGGAUGUGAUCCCGACUACCUGAAGUGACUGCCAGCGGGCCGCGGCCGGCGGUCGGCGCAGCGCGGCGGGGGCGAGAGGUGACCCGGCUGACCUUUAGCGGCCGCCGGCGCCGAAAUCCACCCGUGUGCGGGAUGGCGAUUUGUUGGUGUCGAUCGACACCUGUGUGUAUGUUGACGCAUUGGUGUGCUUGCUGGCGUUUCAUGAGUUUUUGUGUCCUGGCGGUGUUCCGUGGGCAAAACGGCGGGCGAGCCGCUCCGACGGGCGAGCAUUUCCAUUUGUAAUACACGGAUCAUCGGUAAA